AUGAUGAAGUGCUUGAAGGAUCGAGGGAUCUGCAAAGAAGCCGAAAAGAUACAAGCCAAUGAAGUCGCAGCUAGAAUAGAGGAAAUGUUGAGGGUUGAAUGGACUGUAACUGAAUACAGGCCACAAGAAUCAAUUAUUAAUCACAAUGACGACCUCAUGGCCGAAGCAUCAGUAAGAAUCUCGGAAACCACAGAAGGAGCUACCUCCAAUCAUGGAGAUGGCAGCACGGAAACCGGAUCGAGUACUUUUGGCACCAACUGCAAUUCGAUAAAUGCAUUGUUGAAUCCAGCAGAGCCCACACAGAGCCAGCAGUUGUCGCCAGUCGGAAGUUCAUCAAUUGCAAUUAGCAGUGGAGCGGGGCUUAGGGGUUAUGAACAGGAUCCCACCGCUGGUGAACAUGCUGAAUUUAGAAGCAGCAGAGGGGAGAAGAGAGGUUUAGAGCCACAGGCCGAAGCGUGCGACCCGCCUAGCAAACAAAGGCGCAUUGAUUCAUCUCUUUUCCAGCCGACAAAUGGAAUUAUAUAUGAUCAAGGAAGAGCGAUUGGGAACUCAACUCCAGCGAAUACAAACACCAGUGCGGUAUCUCAGAAAUCGAGUUUGUAUAUAGUUAUGCCACGAAAGAGAAGUUGGGCCGCAAUCUUGAGGAACCAUUUCGCAGUUUUACGAUGGCUAGAUAUGGGUUAA